CGUUUAAAUACCUCGCCAGGUACCUUUCGGCCGAUCAUCGGCGUGACGUCUCAGAGGCGAGAGAACGCGCAGCCGAGGACAGCUGGUUGGCGUUGCUCGCGCGACAUCAGCGAUACCGACUGAGGAAUUUAACCUUCUCGUCAAGUGCGAUUAUCAGAACAACGACGACGGACGACGACGACGAGGAGUAGAGGCGAGAGAGAUAAAGAUAGAGAAAGGAAAGAGGAAGACAGAUAAAUAAAGGAGAAAAUAUAGACGGGAGGGGGUGUGAAGAAGAAUGAAUGGUCCCGGGAGUCAUCAGCAUCGUUGCCUGGCUAGCAUGCAGGGACGUUACAGAACCGUGGUGGCGAAUGGCGCACCGUCGGGGCCGCACGCGCGCGCCCCGGCGCCGUCGCAUCCCCGCAACGGAUGGCAUCCGCACGGACAGCAUCAGCAGCCCCAACAAUACGCCGCCGGCAGCAAGGAACACUCACAUCGCCAGUGUCCGGCGCGAUAUCACAAUCACAAUGGGGAUUGCCCAGGGGUUGACACGUCCUCCGGACCGGCCGGCAAAGAGGUUUCCUAUCACGGGAACGUGGGUGGAUCCAGCGUGGGAUACAAACCACCCCCGCAGCACAGUCCGCAGACGAGGGGCCCGCCGCCGCACUUCCCCCAGGAACCUGGGGUAGGCCCGCCGGCCAAUUCACCGCCGUUGCACAUCAAUAUCUGCGGACAGGAGAACACGAUGCGCGGACCUAUAUUGAACAUGAGUCCCGGCCUCGGAGCCAGCGGUGUGGACAUGGAGUAUCGCAGAACCUCUCAAGCCACGAAUCAGCUACCUCUGAGCCCCAACAUGCAGAUCCAACCGUCGCCGCCGUAUUACAGACAGCCUAGUCAGGACGAUGGCAGAAAGAGCGAGUCGCCGUCGAGGAAGCGUCGUCGAAUAUCUCGCAACGGCGCCGUAUCCGGGAUAGAGGUCCGGGAGACGACGCCGCCGGCACCAACACCGCCUCUCCACACAACUCCGCCGCCUUGGGAAUUCGGAGUUGCGCCUCAUCAGCGACGCUCCCCCCGCAAUCACAUGUCCACCCGAGGCAGUCCGACGAUCAGGAAUCGCUAUCAACGUUACGCGGACUCGUUCGGGCUCUCGUAUCCGUUCCUACCGAGUCACAAUCCACAUCAGGGCAUUCACAAUUCCCAUCACAGCCUCCACAAUUCGCAUCACAACAUCCACGGCUCUCACAGUCUUCACAAUUCGCAUCACAACAUUCAUAACGCGCAUCAAGCGCAUCCUCAUCAGCAUCCGGCAGCUGGCGGCACAGGGCAUCAUCCCGCGCAAGGUGCGAAUGCUCCGGUAGUCGUUGACGUGGGUCAAGUCGGCGUAUCCGGCUUAGGGGUCGCUGUUAGCGGGGAACCCUUGUGGCAUCCACAGGCGACAGGCUACAGAAUUCCGUGCCAGCUUCACGGUCUCUACACACCGCAUGGAACGCAUCCAUUCGGACACUCGUGCCAGGUGACGCACCAUCACAGUCAUUACUCCGCUGCUCAUCCAACACAUCCGGGACAUGGUCUGGUCGGUUCCUUGGUUGGUGCCGCUUCUAGAGGAUAUCCAACACCGCCCGGUGGUCCCGUGCCGACGCUGCAUCAUACGCACGCGCCUCCACCGCCCGUCCAUACCACCGAUUACACAGCGCAUCAUCAAUUGUCUCAGCAGAGAGAAGUUGAACUCGAAUUGAUAGAAUCCCAUCAUCAUCACAGAGUGGGCGCCGCAGCUGGCGCACCGAUGCCGUUACCGCAUUCGUAUUCGCCGCCGGCUCUCACGCAGGUCACAACACCACCGCCUAUAUUUCUGUCGGAAACGCGGAACAGUCAAUUGGAGAUGAUGCAGAACAGAACUCGACGAGUGACGUCGAGCGUUUUGCGACGGCCGCGAUUCAGCAGAUGGAGAGGCACGACUCCAUUACCACCUGUAUAUCCGGGAUAUUUGCUACAUUUCCUAGCAAUGUUCAGCAAUCCACCGCUAUCACCUUACAAUCAGGCCGAAUUAUCCUCACCUGAUUCAGUGACGGAGAAUUACGAGGCAUUGCUGUCCCUGGCCGAAAGACUGGGCGAAGCAAAACCUCGCGGUUUGACUCGCGCGGAAGUUGAACAGCUGCCUUCUUACAAAUUCAAUGCGGAAACACAUCAGGGAGACCAAACGAACUGUGUCGUGUGCAUGUGCGACUUCGAGGCUCUCCAGUCGCUACGUGUUUUGCCGUGCUCUCAUGAAUUUCAUUCUAAAUGCAUCGAUAAAUGGCUUAAAUCCAACCGAACGUGUCCGAUAUGUCGCGGUGACGCCGGAGAGUAUUUCGGAAACGGCAGCGGUGGUAGUGACUGACGCCAAGCCGACGACGUACACUAGCGCGAAGCAUUGCAACCAUUGAGAGUAUUGCUACUACUUGUGGAGAUUCCGAUCGCCGCGUUGCUACUGCUUCACACAAAUCUGUGCCGUUGAAGAAUUUCUGUCACUUCUUUUGGUCCGAGAAUCGCCGAAAUGCGAGACGAAUACGAUGAACGAAAUUUCGUCGUCGACACAUUUGAAACCGAUUCUUUAAACCGCCGAUGACAAUGACGUUGAGAAUUGGCGGUGAGAAGUUUCCGUGUACGAUCUCAACCGAGAUAUCGAGUUGUGCAGGAAAGCGGAGCGGUGCAGCGUUUUCCCGGUUGCUUGAAAGGGAAUAACGAGAUGCAAUAAAAAAAAAAUUAUUUAGCAAAACGACGAAAUAGCCAAGAGACGUUAGAUUCAAUGUUCCGUUAGGUUGCGGCGCAUUUCCUAUCAAAAAAAAAAAAA